UUUUAUGUUACAGAUAUUUGAAUGAAAAUAAUAUCGAGAAAAUUCAAAUAGGAUCCUUCGAUGAUCUGCGCAAUUUAAGAUUUCUAUAUUUGCAGAACAACCGAAUACAAAACUCUGAGAAUGGCGCGUUCUUAUUCCUUCCCCGUAUUUUUUCCAUCGACCUCAGAAACAAUACAGAUAUGAUGUGUGGAUGUCAUCUGUCAGCCUUGGUAAAUUAUGUGAACUCAACAUUCAGCAGGACUGUGAAGGUCCAGGGCGAGUGUCAGGCAGAUCCAGGCAAUAACCAAAACAAAUUAAUACCAAUAAUGGAAUACUCGCAAUGUAAAGAUUACUCGUUAUUUCAACGGAAUGUGCAGUGUCAAACAUGUUCAGGGUUGAUGUGCAAUGAAUCAGAAGUGACAAACUGUACAGGCGAUGAGCCUGUAUGCCGCAUCAAAUUAUCGAGGGAUGGCGUUAAACCGAAGUUUGAAAAGUCCUGCAGCACAUACAGAGAAUGUUUUGAUACCAUGAGAAACAACACCCUUACAUGUAAUGAAUGGACAAAUGGCUCUUCCUGUGUUGCUUGUUGCAUCGGAAACUUAUGUAACAAGAACGAUUUCAUAGGCUGGAGCAGUUCCUUUGUAGUUCCUCUGAUUUUCAAUUCGACGUUUAAAUUCAAUGAAAAUAAAAGUCUUGCUGAAAACUUAUCGAGAGCUCCUUUUGUGCGACUGCCUCAGUAA